CGCCCCCCGCGCGGGGUCCGCGUCUGCGGCUGCGCCCCCGAAAGACUGCGCGCGGGUUCCGGUCCGCAGGGAGACCGAAGGGCACCGCUCCCCGCGCCGCGCCGCCGCCCGAGCCCGGAGUGCGGACACCCCAGGGAUGUGAGUGCGCCCCCCGACCCCGCGCUCCGCACUCCACGCCCUGACCCGCGGCCUGCGCCCCAGAGGACCCCUGCCCGCAGCCCCCGCGCCUCCCCUAGGCCUGUCCGGAGCAUGUUGCCUGCAGCCAUGAGGGGCCUCGGCCUGGCGCUGCUGGCCGCGCUGCUGUGCUCGGCGCCCGCUCAGGGCCUGUGGUGCCAGGACUGCACCCUGACCACCAACUCCAGCCAUUGCACCCCGAAGCAGUGCCAGCCGUCGGACACCGUGUGCGCCAGCGUCCGCAUCACGGACCCCAGCAGCAGCAGGCAGGACCACUCCGUGAACAAGAUGUGCGCCUCCUCCUGCAGCUUCGUGAAGCGGCACUUUUUCUCAGACUACCUGAUGGGCUUCAUUAACUCUGGGAUCUUGAAGGUCGACGUGGAGUGCUGUGAGAAGGACUUGUGCAACGCGGCCGGCGGGGCACGGUGCAGCCCCUGGGCCCUGGCCGGGGGGCUCCUCCUCAGCCUGGGGCCUGCCCUGCUCUGGGCUGGGCCCUGAGGCCCCGACGUUCCGGGCGUUCCGGGUGUCGGAGCCCAUCUCCCACCUCUGUGGUCGCGGCUCUGGCCCGCCCAGGACGUGAGCCUUCUUUGUCCGUCCACAGCUGCACGUCCCAGGCAGCGGGCAUCACAGUACACCCUGCGCCCCGGCAGGAGGCCCCGGGGUGAGGGCAGGGGGCUGGGACUCCUGGGUCCCUGCGGGGAGGGGAGGCCGGGCAGGCAGAGCCAAGCAGCCUGCUCCCAGGGCCUCUGCUGUGGAGAAUAAAGUUUCUUCUGAGUCCUGA